CAGACCCUCAACCCAAACGACUCUUGAAACCAUGCCCUUAACAAUCCACCACCUCCGCCUCUCGCAAUCCGAACGAGUCAUCUGGCUCUGCGAAGAACUCUCCAUCCCCUACGACCUCAAAUGCUACGACCGCAACCCCACCACCUCCCUCGCCCCGGACGCCUACCGCGCCCUGCACCCCGUCGGCACCGCGCCCGUGAUCGAGGACGGCCCCGUCGUGCUCGCCGAGUCCGGCGCCAUCUUCGAAUACAUCCUCGCCAAGUACGGCGAGGGUCGUCGACUCGUCCUGCCGCCCUCGCAUCCCAAUUACCCCGACUAUGUGUUCUGGCUGCAUCACGCGAAUGGGAGUAUCAUGCCUACGCUGAUGGCUGUUAUGGCCGGUGGGGCGUCGGCGGAGGAAGCGGGCAAGGAGGGUAGUGGUGCUGCUGGUGGUGUUGGGGGGAAGCUCGCGGAGGUGAUGAGGGAUCGGCUGAGGAGGAGUUUGCUGGCGAUGGAGAAGCAGUUGGGCAGGUAUCGCUUUCUGGCGGGCGAUGAGUUCACGGCGGCGGAUUGUAUGGUGCUGUUUCCCCUGGCGACGAUGAGGCUGUGGGUGCCGUUUGGGUUGGAGGAGUAUCCGGCGCUCGUGGAGUAUUUGGGGAGGGUUGGCACGAGGGAGGCCUGUCGGGUGGCGACGGAGAAGGGCGAUCCUGGGUUGGUGAGGCCGUUAGGGGCUGUGGUGACUGGGGGGAGGGGGUUGUAGGUGGGAUUGGUGGUGUAUGUUUCUUGUGAUGGUUGUGGUUUGUGGGG